CUCUUCGUUCACAAAGCAUAAUAUCAUGAAACGUCUUCAGAACACAGGGUUUCUCAUGGUGCUGGUGUGUAUGGGAGGGACGGCAUUCGGCGGUCUUUUGCCAGGUGGUGGAGGUGGUUACCAAUACAACAGGCCUGGAGGACCCGGAGGACCAGGUACCAAUGGACCGUUUGGAGGCGGAGGCCCCAGGCCAUCGGGAUCCUACGGAGCUCCUGGGUUUCCCAGAGGAUUCGGGAAUCCAGGAACUGUAUUCGGCGGGGGACCAACCAUAACCGGAACUGGAUUCGGUCCCGAAUUUCAGGGCGUUCCAUUCGGAGGCCAGAGACCUUUGAACGAUGGUGGCGGGUACAAUUACAACGAUAACAACGGCAGGCCGAAGCCCUACAGCUUUCAAUACGAAGUGAGAGAUCCACCGACCGGAAAUGACUUCGGCCAACAGGAGAGCAGCGACGGAAACACGGUUCGUGGUGAGUACAGAGUCCUGCUGCCGGACUCCAGGACCCAAAUAGUCAGAUACACAGCCGACGAUGCGAGUGGUUACAACGCAGACGUCCAGUACGAGGGUCAAGCUCAGUUUCCUCAGUUUGUUGGAGUCCCCGGAUUUGCGGGGGGCCCCAAUUACCAGGGAGGAUUUGGCGCCGGUGGUGGUGGUGGCCAUCGUGGAGGUGGUUUCGGGGGUGGAAACGGAAGCGGAUUCGGCAACGGCGGGACUCCGAACAACCAAUAUUUGCCACCGGGUGCUGAUUAUGGCAAAUAAUUAUCGCUGAGAAUAUACCUCUUGAUAUCCUAGACCGAAAACAUUAUACGCCGUGAGACCCCAAUCGCAACAUUAUUAUUGCGAACUAUAAUUAUCCACACUCUCUUAAUUUUUUUUGUAUCCUUAUGUCUUUCCUCGAUGUUCUUACGUGCAUAACCCGUUCGUAUAUGUCCCAAGUACUUGAUCUUUCUGAUCCUCUUUAAAUCCAAUUCAAUUCCUAAUCGAGACUUGGCCAGUUCAUACGCAGUUUUAUGAAUACUCUUAUAC